CAUUCAUAAACAUAUAUUUAAGAAAAAAAAUGUUGAUAAUGCGGUUGAUUUCCAAAUAUUUAUUUCUUCACAGGCAUGACAGUAAAAAUAUAACAGCAAAAAAAGCGUGUGUACUUCGCUAAAAAAUUCUAUACUUUUUCUUCGAUUCUUUACAUUAAAAAAGCCUUUAAUUAAUAAUAAUGUGUGAAGUUGAAGCUGUCUCAAAAAUUGCCAAAUGUUUGCAAGUACCUUUGGGUAAGAUCCAGCUGAAUGAGGAACAGGUGGUAACACGCACUCUCAAUAACAAAUCUGUCUCUGGAUAUGCCACCAUCCUUAAUAGUUUGGCCAAAGAAUCGAAAUCAAAUAUUGCCACCAACAGCUAUCAGACACGUGAAAUAGAGGCUCAAGUUUAUCAAUGGAUUGAAUUUGCUGUUCUUUACGUGGCACCUGGUUCAAAGGAUAAACACAUUGCCCAACAAUUGUUGCGGGACUUUAAUAAGAUGUUCUUGAAGCAAUCGUAUUUGGUGGGACAUUUUCUUACAUUGGCGGAUUUGGCAGUAUUCUAUGCGAUUUAUGAUUUGGUGAAAUCUCUAUCCCCCAUCGAAAAGGAAAACUAUUUGAAUUUGUCACGCUGGUUUGAUCAUCUGCAACAAUUGCCCGAAGUUCGUCAAGGCGGUGAUUUAUUAAACUUUACCACUAUCUAUUUGCAUGGUUGGGCUACUGGUACUCAUGUUUAAUUUAUAUUUUCUUUUAUUUUUAAAAUUUCAUUACUUUUUUGCAAAAACUAAUUAAAGCAAUAUUUAUUUUUCUUAUUUAUUUAAUUGAUACAUACAAAAAAAAGGCAUUUAAUAUAAUAUAAUUCUCACACUUUCUGUUAAGUUAAAAAAUAUUUAAAAUUAAAUCAUUAAAGA